AUAAAAACCCUCUUUUGAACCUUCCAGCCCAAUACAUCUUGCUGCCUCGCCGGAUUUGAUUUUCUUCAUCUCUUUCUCUCACCGCAUCCACUUCAAUCUGGCCCAUUCCAGCCCAAUAGGACCGUGUCCCCUGGCACCUCAAUACCAGCCCAAACCAAUCCGAAUGAGUCGAUAGUAAUCUCAACGACCUGCAGUCCCGCCAGGCUAAGGCUAGAAGAACCAAUGACACCCCCACUACCCCUUUCGUCGAUCUGACAGCCACAAAUCCCUGAUCAAAGAACUCAACCUCACCCCCCGCAGUCUUCGGAUCGUCGCCUGAGCUCUACCAUUGACCUCGCUACAAAUGCUAUAUCUGCGUCUAGCCCGCCGCGCGACGGAUGGCCGCGAGACGGAUGGCCGCGAGACGGAUGGCCGCGAGACGGAUGGCCGCGAGACGGAUGGCCGCGAUGAAGGCUUUGGCUUUGGAGCAUGGGUGGUUUUCGAACGCCGGAAGGUGAGAAAGGGGUAUUAUAAAAUCACUGCUUGAAUUAUACAAAGCCUAACCUAUCUAUAACCCAUAUACCACAUCACAUCCGCCAAAGCUAAUGACAUCCGCCAAAGCUAAUGGUACAUCUCAUCAUAACCCUACAACCUUCUCGAAUCCAACCGCUGCACCAGAUCCACAUACAUGUCGCGCAACAACUCAAACAUCCCCGCCAACCUGACAAUCUCCUCGUCGGCUAGGUGUGCAGGAUAUCUGCGAGAUGAAGGGCCCAGAUGAGCUGACUGUAAAGCCGUCGCUUGCGUGACGCGUGCCGGAUUUUGCGUGGUAGUUGGAGGCGUAGGUUCGUGGCUGCUGCCGGAUUCCUGCUGUCCGGCUGCUUGGUCAGGUGGUGUCGGGAAGCGGAAUCUUGCAGGUCGGCCGUCGGGGUAGAAAUAGUUGCUCUCUGGGAUUUCAGGUAAGGUGGAGAUGGGUUGGUGGGUUGCCUGGCGGUCGCUGUGGGGGUAUGAGUUUUGAGGAUGCGGCGGGAUAAAGGGGGUGUUGUAGUGCGUGAAUUGGGGGUGGGGUGCUGGGGAGGGUGUUGGUAAUGGA